GAUUUACGUUUUAAAGACGAUUUCUGUGGUUGAGUUGUCAUUGGAAGAAUAAGUCCACUUCAAGAGUACUUGGAGCUGGUCUUCACCUCGAGGAAGCAGUGGCUUGUUCCAGGAAGCCACUUUUGGCCUGAGAAUUUACCCAGUAUGCCUAAUCAGGGAGAAGACUGCUAUUUUUAUUUCUAUUCUACAUGCACCAAAGGUGACAGCUGCCCAUUCCGUCACUGUGAAGCUGCACUAGGAAAUGAAACUGUUUGCACACUAUGGCAGGAAGGUCGUUGUUUUCGACAGGUGUGCAGAUUUCGCCACAUGGAAAUUGACAAAAAACGAAGUGAAAUUCCUUGUUAUUGGGAAAACCAGCCAAUGGGAUGUCAAAAAUUAAAUUGCGCUUUCCAUCACAACAGAAGUCGUUAUGUCGAUGGACUGUUCCUACCUCCAAGCAAAACUGUGUUACCCACUGUGCCUGAGUCACAAGAAGAGGAAGUAAAGACAAGCCAGCUCACGGUUCAACAGAACAAAUUGUCUGUUCAGUCCAACCCCUGCCCUCAGCUGCGGAGCGUGAUGAAAGUGGAGAGUUCGGAAAAUGUUCCCAGCCCCACACACCCGCCUGUCGUGAUCAAUGCUGCCGAUGAUGAUGAAGAUGACGAUGAUCAGUUUUCUGAGGAGGGUGAUGAGAGCAAAACACCUGCCCUGCAGCCAACAACUGACGCCCAUAAUGGACUACGAGUGGCCUCUACCCGCAAACCUGGAGCCAGUUUAAAGCCAGGUGACUCUUUGAAUUUUGGAAUAAAAACGCUUGAGGAAAUUAAAUCAAAGAAAAUGAAGGAAAAAUCCAAGAAGCAAGGUGAAGGCUCCUCGGGAAUUUCCAGUGUUUUACAUCAGCCUCAGCCCAAUCCAGGCCCUGAGAAGGAGAAUGUUCGGACUGUGGUGAGAACCGUAACUCUGUCAAGCAAACAAGAAGAGCCCUUGGUUAGACUGAGUCUUACUGAGAGACUGGGGAAACGAAAACUUCCAGGAGGUGGUGACAAUGAUCCCCCAUUAAAGCGAAGUCUUGCACAGAGACUGGGAAAAAAAGUGGAAGCACCAGAAACUAACAUUGAUAAAGCACCAAAGAAAGAGAGAGUUAAUAAAACUGGUGAGAUCCAUGUUAAGACACUGGAAGAAAUUCUUCUUGAAAGAGCCAAUCAGAAACGUGGAGAAUUGCAAACUAAACUAAAGACAGAAGAACCUUCAGGAGCUGAGGAUUCUCCAUCAGGAACAAAAAGUUCUUCGGUGCGGAUCAAAACCUUCUCUGAGGUCCUGGCUGAAAAGAAACAUCGGCAGCAGGAAAUGGAAAGACAGAAAUCCAAAAAGGAUACAAGUUGCCUCAUGCUAACAGAAGAUUCUGAAGUGAAAAAGACUGUGAGCCUGCCGACUGUUGCUGUUAGCAAAGGACAGCUUGAGGAGGAGCCUGCAGGCAGAGCCAGGCCUAUGCAGGAGGUGCAUAUUAAGACGCUAGAGGAAAUUAAGCUGGAAAAGGCCCUGAGGGUGCAGCAAAGCGCUGAGAGGAGUGGCAGCUCCCGGCCUCAAGCGGAGGCUGCCCCAGUGGCCAAGAGGCUGCUGCGCAUCACCAAGAGAUCAGGUGUAAGAGAAGAGAAGAAACUUGAACUUGAGGACAGUGGUGGCGCUCCCUCUCAGAGCAGUGUGACUAAGAUGGGAGUUAGUGAGACUUCAGAUGAGACCAUAAGUGAUCCCACAAAACUUCCAGUCAACAGAUGUGACAUUGUCAAAGAGAAUCGCACACAGAGACAGCAGGAGAGAGGAGCCUCACAAAAGGAGAAGCCAGCCUUGGCAUCUGUGCGGACAGACGAGGCUCCUUACUAUACCCGAGUGGUGGGGAAGCCGGUGCUCACUGCUGUAUCGGGCGUCACUCGGCACCUGGCAAAACGGCUCCCCACGGAGUCGUCCCAGAAAGGGGAGGUGGAGACCUCCGGGAUUGGAGACUCAAUACUGCACGUGAAGUGUGCAGCACAGACUCUGGAGAAAAGGGGUAAAGCCAAGCCCAAAGUAAAUGUGAAGCCAUCUGUGGUCAAGGUUGUCUCAGCCCCCAAAUUGGCUCCCAAGCGCAAGGCUGUGGAGGUGCACUCUGCUGUCAUCGCAGCUGUGAAGCCGCUCAGCUCCAGCAGUGUCCUGCAGGAAAGCCCCGCCAAGAAAGCAGCCGUGGCUGUUGGCCCACUCCUCUCUGAGGAUAAAUCCGUCACCAUGUCUGAGACAGAAAAACCGAAAGACAGUUCUGCGCUGUCUUCAGCCCAAGCUUCUUCAGAACCCUUGCUCCCCGAAGGCUCUGGCCCUUCCUCAUCCCAGAUGGCAACGAAACCGCGCCGGCUGAGCUCGGCCUCCACAGGAAAGCCUCCACUCUCCGUGGAAGAUGACUUUGAGAAACUAAUAUGGGAAAUUUCAGGGGGCAAAUUAGAAGCUGAGAUUGACUUGGAUCCUGGGAAAGAUGAAGACGACCUUCUGCUUGAGCUCUCAGAGAUGAUUGACAGCUGAAGGGGGACAGUGAGGACACUUAAAAAAAAAAAACCUUCACCCAAAACUGGACUUACUUUUAUCUAUUUACCUGAGGUGAUAAUUUCCUUAAGUCUCAAAUUUUACCCAAAUCAAAAGUAUACCUCUGAAGUACCUGUGUGUGUCCUCCCUGGGGUCGGAUCUUUUACAUCCCUUGAUAACCGUUUUGUCCAUUCAAUGCCAUUGUUCAGCAUCCUUGAGAAGAAAGUUCUGUAAUGCCCUUCUCUCCACAUGGGACUGAGCUCCAAAUGAAACGGUGCACGAGAACUCAGUGGUCCUUGAGGUGUUUGUCAGUGUGGGCUAGCUUCCCCUGCUGUAUUUAUUUAUGUAUUGUCUUAAUUUUAUCAGAGUUUAAAAUGAAGACGGCUGCUAACCAUUGUGGACCAAAUGUCAUGCUACCACUAAACAAAAGACCCACUCAGUCUGUGUAAAAUCGUAUGUCUUUUUAAAGGUAUUUGGAGAUUCGUCUAAGCUUUAAAGAGGGCCGGGCAGCUUGAGCACCUGAGAUGCGGACAUAACUCUGGACCGGUUCUGUUGUGUCAGCUGCUCCAUGGCCUCUGAAGAGCAAUAGCUAAUUUAUUACUACUGUAAUUUUUUAAAGGCUUUAAAGUGCCUCAGGGGCCCCCUGAAACUACGUUUCUAUUUCUGGGGUUCCCUGGAUUCUUUAUAAGAGAUGGUGACAUGACUAGAAAUUCUUUUUUUAGUAUGAAAAUUGUUCCUUCAAUACCUUUAUCUUACUGGCAUUGAAUUAUCAGAGACAGAAAAUUGGUAAUUUUUUUAAUUUCUAACUCUCCCAGGAAACUCCUCUUGCCUAGUAUUUAUUUGAUGUGCUUUAACCAUGGGAGGAGGGGAAAACCUCAAGCUGCCAGUGUUGAUCAACAGACUGUACCAGUACACGGGGCUGUACUGGCAUAGGGACGGCAAGAUGCUCUGGGGUGUAUUGGAUACCUCCAGUUUCUUCAUUUCCGGAUUGAGUUUUCUUUUCUUAAUGUCGGUCUUCAUAAUCACCUCGAGGUUUAGACUUGUGAAGGAACAAGUCUGUUGAGGAUAAUAGUCUUGAAAUGAGACACUGUACAGAACUGGAAGAAGGAAAGGAGAGACUCGUUCAUUGUGAUACUUUGUGUGGGUGGCCAGUUUGUUUCUCAUAGGGAAGUCCUGGAUCACCUGUCAUGUUGGCUCCUAAGGAACUGCUGUUGUAAGCGGCUCAUCAAGAGUUGAAGUUCAUGUAGCCUUGUUGGGAAUAUGGAAAAGGAAGAAAGCCACAGGACUGCCAGUUCAGUCGGGAAGAUCUGGAUGAUUCUGCACAUGCAAAAAUGACUUGAAGUUUCUGUAUAGACACUUAUACCGAUCCAUCUUCAGCUGACUGAAUGUUGUAUGACAGCCCUUCUCCAAAGCAGAGGUGGAAGGUUCUGGUUUCACCACACAUUUAUAAACACAUUUCCUUUUUUGAAUUGGCAUAUAGAUUGUAGGUCUCUUUUGUAUAUAACCUCUAUUCUUUUGCUUUAAAAAAAAGUCUGUUCAUAUUUAAUGCCCUGUAUUAGUCAAUGAUUUGUGUUCAACAUUAUUUGAACCAUUUGCCAUUAACGAAAGAGAAAUACUUAUUUGUGUUUUAAAUAAAACUGAUAUAGGAAAUACUUAGUUCCUAUCAUUACAA